AUGCCAGAGAAGCUCAAAUUCGUGCCAUUCCACUCGUCAGUGGACUCGAGCUUCUUUCAAAAACUCUCAGAGCUCAAGCUCGAUAAGUUCAAGCUUGACACCUCCAGCCAGGUCAUCCUUGCGUAUUACAACAUCAAGCUCUUCACUAAGAACCUGGCCCCGCUAAUAAACGUCUCGGGUACCAGCUUUGAAAACCAUUCCAAUGAGUUCCACAGAAUGCUUCCCGGUGGCUCUGCGUUAUUUGCCCCCGGUAAUCUUGUGAAUUUGAACACCAAGGAACAGUUCCAAGAGAUGGAUAAGAAUGCCUAUUUGCAGGCAUCCGGAGAAAAAUUGUACCAAAGUUUUAAAUCUAAAGAGGUAUUGACCAACCCUGCGUUAUUGGCGUCGCUCAAUGUUUUAUCGUUUUCUGAUUUGAAGAAAUUCAAAUUCUAUUAUUGGUUCUCUUUCCCUUCAUUUUAUACCGAGUGGAUGAUCAAUUCAUCGAGAAUUGAGCUGGCCAAAGAAGAAUUUGACCAUAAGAUCCAAACAUGGUGGCAAACGGAAACAAAUGACAAUAAGAAGAACUUCUUCUUGUUGGAUGCUGACAACAACCCAAUUGCGUUGUCGGAACUUGUCCUCGAUGAUAAGCGUAACGAUUCCAUACGUGUAGGGAUUAUUGAUGCAUCGACGUACCCAAUGAUCCCAUCUUGGUACUUGAGAAACUUUUUGACCCUUUUGUUGUAUUACGGUUACACUAAAGUCGAAGUAUUGGUUUACAGGUUCAAUGGAUCAUCAUUCUGGCUCGACUUGUCAGCCAUGGAUAGCUCUAUUAAUCUUAACAUUAGACAAAACGUUCCUAAAGUUACAGGAUGGGAGAAAACCAGCAAUGGGUCACUACAGCCGAAAAUCGCCGACUUACAGUCUCUAUUAUCCCCAGUGUCUUUGGCAGAACAGGCGGUUGAUUUGAAUUUAAAGUUAAUGAAAUGGAGAAUCAUCCCACAAAUUGAUUUGGAUUCCAUCAAAAAUACAAAAUGCUUGUUGUUAGGUGCCGGUACUUUAGGUUCAUACGUAUCAAGAGCUUUAUUGGGGUGGGGAGUCAGAACAAUUACCUUUGUCGAUAAUGGGAAAGUUUCGUUUUCCAAUCCAGUUAGGCAAUCAUUAUAUACUUAUGAAGAUUGUCUUAAUGGUGGAGCUCCAAAAGCCGAAGCCGCUGCUAAAGCCCUUAAACAGAUUUUCCCUCAAGUGAAUGCCAAAGGUUACGAUUUGGAGAUUCCUAUGAUUGGCCAUCCAGUCAAGGAUAUGGAAACGGAGCGCCAGAAUUUUGAAUUGUUGGAAAAAUUGAUUGAAGAUCAUGACGUUGUUUAUUUAUUGAUGGACUCCCGAGAAACUAGAUGGUUACCUACCAUUAUUGCCAACGUCAAACAUAAGACCGUGGUGAAUGCCGCUUUAGGGUUUGACAGUUUUCUUGUCAUGCGUCAUGGGUGUAUUUCUGAAAGUGUAAAUUUCGACGGGGAGCAGGAUGUUGACCUGCAACAAGAUAAGAGACUUGGAUGCUAUUUCUGCAAUGAUGUUUUUGCCCCAUCAGAUAGUUUAACCGAUCGAACUUUGGAUCAAAUGUGUACCGUCACCAGACCAGGGGUGGCCCUAAUGGCAUCUUCGUUGGCAGUGGAGUUGAUGGUGUCAAUCAUCCAACAUCCACAGAAACAAUACGCGUUGGUAAAUGAUGAAAAUUCGACGAUAUUGGGGGAAUUGCCUCAUCAAAUACGAGGGUUUAUGCACAAUUUCAACAACGUCAAAGUACAAGCCCCAAGUUAUAAGAACUGCUCGGCGUGUUCAUUGCCAAUUCUCUCUGAAUUCUUGAAGCAUGGUUGGGGAUUUGUUGUCAAAGCGUUAAAUAAUAACAAAUACAUUGAGGAUCUUAGUGGAUUGACGAAAGUUCAAGAAGAGGCCGAGAAGGCAGCAGCAGAAUUCUCCAUUAGCAAUGAUGUUCUUUCCGAUAAUGACUCUAUAGAUGAAGAAUGGUUGUGA